UAAAACAGGGAGUUGGGAGGAUUGGAUCCACUAUCUCAAAGGCUUUGCCCUAGAGGUCCACUGAAUUUAGGCUGUAAAUUCUCUCUAGGUGCCAGUAAACAUGGAAAUCCCAGUUUGGAGGUAAGUAUACAGGAGCCAGACUUUCCCUGUCAGGAAACCCCUUAAGGCAUUUGUGCUGCUGCCCACCCACCCAAAACCCAACCUGACAGAUGAGGGACUAGGUGUGAUGUACAACAGCAUGGCAUUUGUUGAGCACCCACUGCAUGUCAGGCCCAUGGCACAUUUUAUUGAUAAGAACACAGGCCCAGAGAAAGCAAGUGACACGCCCUAGGUCAAACAACACGGAAGUGAGGGAGUCAGGAUUUGAACCCAGACCUGCCUAGCUCUGAAGCUGGGCUUAUAACCUCUGCGCCCUGUGCCUGUGAGCUACACCAACUGCCUCCUCUGAGUCACAUGAUUUAUGUUCUGGUUCUGGAUCUGUUUCUAACUCAGUGAGUAAGAGGGAGCAGUCACUGCCCCUCCAUGUGCCUCAGUUUCCCUCUCCAUAAUUUAAGGGGUUGACUUGAUUGGUUCCUCACCCAUUUGCCUUCAGGGAAGCUGUUCUCACUCUUACCACCAGAGGGAGCUGCUGCCUUAGUGGUUCUGCCAGAUCAGACUUUGUAGCCCAAGUCAAGUGGAAAAAGGCCUCAGGAAGUUUCUGGAUCCCCUCCUUUCUUCGUUUUACAGAUAAGGAAACUGCAGCCAAAAGAAGGACCGAGGCUUUGGAAGGUGGAGUCCAGACUGAGGUCAUAUCGGUUAACUGGGCUAGGAUCUCAGACAGAGAGGCACCAGACCUGGCACUUCUUCUCAGGGGGCUUCCAGUCCUCAUGGGAAAGACAAUGUCUCCCAACAUAGGAAGCCCAGUUGGGUAGCCAUGGAGUUGGACAAUGGAACUGACCAGGAUGUGGGCUCACUACCCAGUAACUGCAUCUACCGUGAGAACUUCAAACGGCUCCUCCUGCCACCUGUGUACUCAGUGGUGCUAGCAACUGGCCUGCCGCUUAACGUCUGCGUUAUCGCCCAGAUUUGUAUGUCCCGUCGGGCCUUGACCCGCACGGCUGUGUACACCCUGAACCUAGCCCUGGCUGACCUGCUGUACACCUGCUCCCUGCCCUUGCUCAUCUAUAACUAUGCCUCUGGUGACCACUGGCCCUUUGGGGACUUCGCCUGCCGCCUGGUCCGAUUCCUCUUCUACGCCAACCUGCACGGCAGCAUCCUGUUCCUCACCUGCAUCAGUUUCCAGCGCUACCUGGGCAUUUGCCAUCCUCUGGCCCUCUGGCACAAGCACGGGGGCCGCUGGGCUGCCUGGUUAGUAUGUGGGGCUGUGUGGCUAGCCGUGACCGCCCAGUGCCUUCCCACAGCUGUGUUUGCCACCACAGGCAUCCAGCGUAACCGCACCGUCUGCUACGACCUGAGCGCACCUGCCCUCGCCACCCACUACAUGCCCUAUGGCAUUGCCCUCACAGUCGUCGGCUUCCUGCUGCCCUUUGCCUUCCUACUGGCCUGCUACUACCGCCUGGCCUCUCACCUGUGCCGCCAGGAUGGUCCGAUAGGGCCCGUGGCCCAGGAGCGGCGUAGCAAGGCGGCCCGCAUGGCUGUGGUAGUGGCAGCCACUUUUGCCCUCAGUUUCCUGCCUUUCCACAUCACCAAGACAGCCUACCUGGCAAUCCGCUCUACAUCCGGAGUCCCCUGUCCCACGCUGGAAACCUUUGCAGCUGUCUACAAGGGCACACGGCCCUUCGCUAGCUUCAACAGUGUGCUGGAUCCUAUUCUCUUCUACUUCACCCAGAAGAAGUUCCGCCAUCGGCCACACAAGCUAAUGCGAAAACUCACAGUCAAGUGGCAGCGCCAGGGUCGUUGAGCCCAUGGAGGCAGGACACCCAAGGCCUGGUCAACCAUCAUGUCUGCCGUUGUCACUGGAACAGUAGUUGUUAGGUGCCUUGGAGUCAGUUCCAACUCAUAGAGACCUUAUGUACAAUAGAAUGAAAUUCUGCCCAGUCCUGCACCAUCCUCACAAUCGUUGUUAGGCUUAAGCCAAGUGUUGCAGCCACUGUGUCAAUCCAUCUCUUUGAGGGUCUUCCUUUUUCACUGACCCUCUACCAAGCAUCAUGUCCUAUCCAGCAACUUGUUUCUCCUGAUCACAUGUCCAAAGUACAUGAGACAAAGUCUUGCCACUCUCAUUUCUAAGGAGCAUUCUGGCUGUACUUCUUCCAAGAUAGAUUUGUUCAUUCUUCUGGCAGUCCAUGUAUAUUCAAUAUUCUUCACCAACACCAUAAUUCGGUUCUUCUUUGGUCUUCCUUAUUCAUUGUCCACCUUUCCCAUGCAUAUGAGGUGAUUGAAAAUAUACCAUG